AUGAAUCUUAAAAUAUAAUACUAAGGUUAAGAACUCAAUUUUGAAGGAAUUAAAUCUUUAAAUGAAUUAAAAUCAAGAUUACAAUAAGCUGAGCCAUAAUUUGUUUUAGAGUCAUUAACUUAUAAUGAUGAAGAAAACGAUAUCAUUACUAUUUCUAAUGAAAAUGAUUUUAAUUGUCUGUCAGCAACUUCUUAUUUGAUUAUUUAAGCUUAUGGGAAAUUUGAUUAAGAAUAUGUCUUAAAAGAUGUCAAAAAAAAUAAAAAUUUACUUAAAAGACUAGCAACUAAAGUAAAUUAAUUUAAGGAGAAAUAAAAGAAUAAUCUAAUUAAUGUAUAAUAUUAAUUUAGUUAUAGAGAAGAAACAAUUAUUAAACAAGGUUAACAAAAAUUAUACAAUAAAAAUAGUAUUUGACUUAUGAAAUUGAUAAAGAGAUAUAAUCCAUUAAAUAAUAAAUUGAGAUCUAAAAAAAAUUUAAUAUUAUUAAUAAUAAAACUUAGAUUAGGUGUGUAAUAUAAGAACAAAUGAUAAAAUUUCAUCUUUGUAAUUUUGUUAAACAAGAAGAAGCUAAUUUAACCUAUAAUGAAGAAACCUUAGAGUAAUUUAUGAGUAAAAUUGAAUUAUUGGAAGAAAAUAUAUUUGAAAGAUUUUUUUAAUCUUAUAAUUCUAUGAGAUUAAACAAAUUAAUAGAAAUGAAAGAAAAAUAAAUAAGUGGUAAUGAAAAUCUUCUUGAAUUAUCUAAAUAGUUAUAAUUGUUAGAAUAAUUUAAAAAAAAAUUAUUAUUUUAACUCAAUUUAUAAGAAAAUUAUUUUACAUAAAAAUUAAAAGAUGCAGAAUACUUAUUAGAAAAUUUGUGA